AUUUCCAUUGGUUCGAAACCCAUUGAGUGGGCGGAGCCACUUUCUAACCUCAAACUUACACGUGAAAGUUUCAGUGGAUUCGCAGUGUAAGACAGGGUUCAUUACAGCAUUAUUUCAAUAUAAAUAGUGUACUAAUAAGGAGAUUGUGAUUGACAUUGUCUGAUGGGUUGGAAACCCUCAUCAAUUCUAAUAUCAUACCUCCGACUCUAUUGUUCUACAAUGGUCUUUUCACUGUCUCCACCGGCUUCCGUCAAGGGAAUGACGACCCUCGAUCGUGAUAAAUUCACGCGUGUCCUUGAGGUUCCCUGUUUGGAAUUAAAAAACAUAAAUCAAGAUGAGAUAAUGCCGAUCAUUAAAAAAUUUCUAUUGAAACUGAGACGUUGGAAAUCUGUACAAAAAGUGGACGACAGUUUGAUCGUUUACCUCAACCCUGAGAUGGUGGAGAGAAUGGAGGAUCUGAGCGAAAGAAAACGAACUUUUUUGUCAAACUACUUUCACGCAAUUGGCAAGAGAAAAAUCACUAUUAAUUAUGAAAAUUGGACCGCGGAGACCAUCCUCGGUGCUGUCAUUCCCGAGGACAUUGGAGUUCCCAGUUCCUUCACAAAAAUCGGCCACAUUGUUCACGUAAACCUCCGGGAGAAUCAACUACCCUUCAAACGAUUAAUUGGCGAGGUUUACCUAGACUUCGUAGUUCAGGCAAAAGUCGUUGUUAAUAAACUAAACAACAUUGACACGGAAUUCCGAAAUUUCUCAAUGGAAAUACUCGCUGGCGAGGGCGACACAGUGACAACAGUCAAAGAAAAUGGCUGUCAAUUCACUUUGGAUUUUGCCAAAGUCUACUGGAAUUCGCGAUUGAGUACUGAACACGCAAGACUCCUGGAGUACAUGAAUCCGCGUGAUGUCCUUUAUGACGUCUUUGCCGGGGUUGGCCCUUUCGCGGUGCCUGCAGCACGAAAGGGCGUCACGGUACUGGCGAACGAUCUCAAUCCAGAGUCCUACAAAUGGCUGAAAGUCAAUGCCCAAGACAACAAAGUCCAGGGCUUGAGCGCUUUCAAUAAAGACGGUAGGGACUUUCUGAGGGAAGACGUUAAAAGACAUUUGUUGGAUCGAAGGCGUAAUAAUCUGUAUCGACCUGUACACAUCGCCAUGAACCUUCCAGCUCUAGCAGUGGAGUUUCUUGAUGUCUUUCGGAAUUGGGCCAACGAUGAGGAAAUCAAAUUGAUCGUGAGACUUCCCCCUCUCGUUCAUGUGUACUGCUUUGUUAAAGCGGGCAAGAGUGAGAAUGUCAAGGUGUUGGCGAAAGAACUCGUUGAACAGCAUAUUGGCACUGAUCUUUCGCUGUCAUCGCUUAGGGCAAUUCAGUAUGUUAGGAAUGUCGCACCGAAUAAAGAAAUGAUGAGGGUGUCGUUUUAUCUGACUGGAGAAAUUAUGAAGGGUGAAAGACUCGAGGAACCGGCGGUUAAACGAAUGAGAACUGAUAGUGGUGAAAUUGUAGGUGAUAAUGGGGAAAAACAAAAUGGCGCAGGCGAAGACGAAGAAUGUAUUCAAAGUGGUGAAAAAAUCGUCGUUGAAAAGUAAGGGGAUAAACAAAGAGGACACCAAAAAGAAAGGGAAUUCCCAUGCUCUGAAGAGGAAGAGCACUGACAGUAUCAAAAUUAUUGACCAAGAGUUGGUGAAUCUAAGAAGCAAGGACCCAGGAAUGCAAGCGACAAUCUCGACGCCAUCUCCAAUAGCCUCGAAAAUAAUAAAACUAGGCAAAAAAGACAAAGUCAAGGUUGAUCUCAAUGAUCAUACCCUCAAACAACUCCAGAUUUAAAGAAAAAAAAUAUUAAUUAAUUUUGUAUAGAUGUAUACAUAUAAAAAAAACUAAGUUAACUACAAUCUUUUCUACAACCAGUAAAUAUUGCCAGGAAAUUCUUUAUUACAAUUGAUCGAGUGAACAUUAAAAAUCAAAAUUGGGAUUCAAUCAAUCGACAUAAUGGUUGAUUCGUAUUCGUUCAAUUGGGUGAAUUCACUACUUCUGUGGUGCUGCUCGCUGUGUCUGAUGGUGGUGGUGCUUCCUGAAGGUCCAACCAAGGUAAACGUUUUUGAAG